AUGUUGUUUUACAAUCGCUUCGAUGCGAACUCUACGUCUGUCGGACUGGCCGAGCCUCGAGAGGCGAUAGACGGUAGCUCAGUCUACCAGGCGCUGCUGAUGACCAUGAUCAUGGUGACCGAAGAAGAGGUUGGUCUCGGAGUUGAGCUGAAGCCAGUCGAUCCGUCCGGCUGCCUACAGUACCUAAUCGUUUUGGGGUAA